AGAGCAUCGGCCCAAAGGCUUCACGGCCCUCGCUCCGACGCGUCAUGCUUCGCCUGCCUCGCUGCCUUCGUGUCGCGCCACGGGCGCCGCCUGCCCCAUGGGCCCAGAGCCGCCACUUCGCGGUGGUGCGGCACGACUGGAAGCGAGAAGAGAUCGGCGACAUCUACCACCAGCCCUUGCUGGAGUUGGUCUUCCAAGCGGCUUCGGUCCAUCGGCAAUUCUUUGACCCCAAGGAGGUUCAGCAAAGCACCUUGCUGUCCAUCAAGACAGGUGGCUGUGGUGAGAACUGUGGCUACUGUUCCCAAAGCCAAAGCUUCAAGACCUCAGUGAAGCCCACGCAUAUGAUGAAAGUGGAUGAGGUCUUGGAAGCUGCGCGGAAGGCUAAGGAUGCUGGGUCCACACGGUUCUGUAUGGGCACUGCUUGGCGAGGCGUUGGUCAGAAGAACUCCUUUCAGCAUAUCUUGACCAUGGUGAAGGAAGUCUCUGGCAUGGGCAUGGAAACUUGCUGCACCCUUGGCCUCCUAAAUGCCGAGCAAGCCAAGCAGUUGAAGGACGCAGGCCUCACAGCCUAUAACCACAACUUGGACACGAGCCCGGAGCACUACCCAAAUAUCGUGUCGACCCGUACCUAUGCGGAUCGCUUGGAGACCUUGGCCAACGUCCGCGAGGCAGGUAUCAGCGUUUGCUGCGGGGGGAUUUUGGGCAUCGCCGAGACCCAGGAGGACCGAAUUGGCUUGAUUCACACCUUGGCUACGCUCCCAGAGCAUCCAGAGUCAGUGCCCAUCAACGCCUUGGUGCCCAUUGAAGGUGGAGACGUCGCUGUGUCAUUCUCAAAAGGCACCCCUUUGGGUGAUCGACAGAUCAAGAUGGGCACGGCAGUGACCUGGCGGGACAUGGUGCGCUCGAUUGCCACAGCGCGGAUUGUGAUGCCCCAGUCCAUGGUGCGACUCUCUGCUGGACGCAUGGAGUUCUCACAGGAGGCGCAAGCGAUGAUGUUCAUGGCAGGGGCGAACUCGAUCUUUACGGGGGACAAACUCCUCACCACUGCCAACCCCAAAUUUUCCGAGGAGACUGGGUGGGCGGAAGAACUGCAGCGGAGAUGCGCGGUGGGUUUUGACGCCGCCAUGUUUGAAGCCUUGGGUUUGCGGGGAAAGAAGCCCUUCACGGGUCCGACAGCUCACCUCCGCCCCCACUGGGCUGACCGAGCGGUCGGAUCCGAGCUGCCGAUGGGGACGGUACAGGGAACCACGGUGUCGGGCCCGCGGGAGGUGGCCUUCUGA